UCGUCUUUUCGGUCACGAGCAAGUUCCUGAAACUUCUAUUUGAAUUCACUCAAUUGAGGGCUUGAAGAGGUCCAAUAUGCCGAAAACAACCGUCUUCACGACGAUUACUCCGCUGCCAGCUGGCAUUACGAGGAAGAGUGUGCUGGAUAUGUACCAUGACCAUCUCGCGAUGAUUGAUUUGAACCCUUUGGUUGUCGAACGAUUCAACUGCAAAUCACCAAACUACGCGCCAGCAGACGAAUCAUUCGGGACGUGGUAUACAAUUAAGGACAAAGUAUCAUAUCUGCCCGGCGGACUCGCAACAGGCUCCGUGUCCUAUCACGCCUACUUUCAAGACCUAUCCGACGGCCUCCAGACACACGUUUACGCACCACUCGGACUCAAUAUUCAAGCAAAAUGGAGUGUAGGUGGCCGUCUCCCAGGCGAGCCAAGACCUCCAGUCGAACCCGGUCUCAUUGCCCCUAGGCAUGGACUAUAUAUUCGAGAAGACGUGACGAUGACGUGCUCGUCACUCCUACUACGCUUCGUGAAGAGGACUUUCAAAGACUCACACGCAGGGCUUGUCGAGAAGCUAGUUGAAAGAGCGCAUAUUCUGGAAUCCAACUUUGCAAACGAGAGGUUGAAGGCACUGCGAAAUGUCGAUCCCGGCGAGCGGAUGGGACAUGGCGAUAUUUUCAUCGCUCCGCCCCCGGAUUAUCUACCCCCUAGCUAUACAGCUCAGGCCCCAUCACUUCGCUAUGUGUCUCAUGCAAGAAGUCAAAGCGACCCUGUACUCAGUCCCGGAUUCUCGCAGUCUUCAACGCUUACGAAUCAAAGUAACGGCUUGUUCAGUCGGACAAAAGAUCAUGACCGACCUCCCUCUCUUAGGUUCAUCCUUGAAGAGAAGCCAGUAUCAUCAUCAGCUCCUGAGCCAGGCUCGUUUCUUUUGCCUGCGACAACAUAUGACGGCGGAUUUUCACAUCGUCACGAACGACCGAUAUCUCUCUACCCUGGGAGUCCAGCACAUCAAUUUUCCGAGCGCGCGAUUUCGUCGCUGCCGCGUACUCCAUGCACUCCAGAGCAUGAGAAGCACGAACAGCCCGUCCCCUCCAAUCCACCGAGGAUCUCGUACACACCAGAGGCAAGACCUAUUUCGUUCAGCUUCCCAUUCGAUCCAAAGGCACCUUUCGAUAGAGUCUCAACAUCGGCAUCAAAACCAUUGGAGCAGCAAAAUCUUCUGGAUGACAUUGAUGACGCGAUCGAUGAAGUCUUCAUGUACACUUUACCAUCGACAACAUACAACACAUUACCUGCGACAACGUACGAGCCUUCUCAGGUAGCCCCGAGCACGACAAAUGCUUCGAAGCAUGAGCGCAAAGACUCCGCCAUGCCGUCUCACGCGUACUCGGAUACUGAUCUACCGCCUGUGCCACUCAAGGAUGAGAAGUACAGGAAGGUUAGUAAGAUAUCUGUUUCAAGCGGGAGUAGGGGCUAGUGUGCCCCAUAACCUCACGACAUCAUAUUUCUCUACUUUGUAUUAUCAGCAACGCAUUUUGACCUCUCUUAUACCCGCAUGUUUUCAGUUUGGAUAAAUGCAUGGAGC